AUGGCGGCCGUGUCGGUGUUCCCGUCGCCGCGGGAGCUCGGCCCGGCCCUGGCGCGGAUCGUGGCCGAGGCAGCGGCCGAGGCGGCGCGGGGGGAGGGCGGGCGGUUCUCGCUGGGGCUCUCGGGGGGUUCCCUGGUGGAGCUGCUGGCGCGGGAGCUGCCGCCCGCCCUCAGCGCCGCCCCCGCCGCCGCCGACCCCGCGCGGUGGCUCGUGGCGUUCUGCGACGAGCGGCUCGUGCCGCCCGAGCACCCCGACAGCACCUACGGAGCGUACCGG